UAUCCUCACUCCACCCCCUCUCUCUCUCUCUCUCUCUCUCUCUCUCUCUCUCUCUCUCUCUGUUUCUCUUUUCCAUUGCAGAUGAACAGUCAUAGACUUGAACAAUUGCCUGGAAAAACAAUUUAGCUUUCAAGCUGAUUGAGUAAUGAUGUGGAGAGAGAAAGAGUGGAGUUAGGGGAGUGUAGUGUAGUGUUUGAUUACUUUUACUUCUCCUUGUGGGUUGGGUUAGUUUCUUGGGUUGGUGUUUCUGCUGGCUUUUUUUUCUUUCUUUUCUUGAUGGGUGCAGAAGUAGAAAUAUUGAAAUUAGAGAAAGAAGGGGGAGGAAACAGAGAGAAGUGGCUGUGUAGUUGUAUACAGCUUCCUACAAUUUGGUGUGGUGCUAAACAUGGGGAUUCUUAUUCAUAACCUUCUCUCUUAAGUACUGAAACCUUGACCUCUUAAAAGAUCCAACUGAAAACAUAAACAAAGACUACAGAAGAAGAAGAAGAAGAAGAAAAGGGCCCAGAGAUCUGUUUAAAGAGCUGUUUUCUUUUCAGUCAUGAAGAGACUUGGCAGCUCGGACUCCUUGGGUGCUUUGAUGUCCAUCUGCCCUACUACAGAGGAACACAGUCCGAGAAACAACCAUGUCUACAGCCGGGAUUUCCACUCCUUGUUGGACGGCUUAGAUGAAGAAGGUUGUGUCGAAGAAUCCGGCCACAUAGCCGAGAAAAAGCGUCGAUUAAGCGUCGACCAAGUCAAGGCCUUGGAGAAGAACUUCGAGGUCGAAAACAAGCUCGAACCGGAGAGAAAAGUGAAGCUGGCCCAAGAACUUGGUUUGCAACCAAGACAAGUAGCUGUUUGGUUCCAAAACCGCCGUGCCCGGUGGAAAACCAAGCAAUUGGAGAGAGACUACGGCGUUCUCAAAUCCAGUUACGAAGCUCUCAAGCUCAACCACGAUGCCCUCCAACACGACAAUGAUGCUCUUGUCAAAGAGAUAGCGGAAUUGAAAGCAAAGCUCCAAGAAGAAAACACUGUGAGCAACCUUUCAGUGAAGGAAGAGAUAGUCGGGCCGGAAUCAGAUAACAAACUGAUCGAACAGAGCAAAGCAGCUCCAGACACUCCUCCUCUAACUGCAUCUGAACCCAAGGACUUGAACUUUUGCUUCAACCAAUCACUCGGAGCCUCACUCUUCACGGUGGAUCACUUCAAAGAUGGCUCAUCGGACAGCGACUCGAGCGCGAUCUUGAACGAGGAUAACAGCCCGAACGCUGCGAUUUCUUCAUCUGGGGUGCUUCAAAAUCAGCAGCUCUUGAUGUCCCCGGGCUCGUCUUCCCUCAAGUUCAAUUGCUCGUCCUCGUCGCCGCCUCCGCCUCCGCCGCCGAUUAGCUGCUUCCAGUUUCAGAAAACGUUCCCAGCACAGUUUGUGAAAAUGGAGGAGCACAAUUUCUUCAGCGCAGAGGAGACGUGCAAUAUCUUCUCGGAUGAGCAAGCUCCGAGCCUUCAAUGGUACUGUCCUGACCAGUGGACCUAAAAGGAAGCAAACCCAUGUUCGAUAUUAUUGGAAAAAUAAUAAGAAAAAGCCAAAAGUGAGCUCCAAGAAUAUUGUAAAGAGUAAAAAAGUGGGUUGUGUAAUUUUUAGCUUUGCUCUCUCUCUCGUUCUCCAUUGUGCAAAGUGAAAGUUGGAGAGAUGGGGUUGGUUGAAGAAGACGAGACAACCAAAGCGGUGGAUGAUUUAGCCAAGAAAAAUGGUAAAAGAAAUUCGAGCAGCAGUAGAAACAGAGAGAAACACAGAGGCUUUCACGUGGGGUUUGGUUGGUGAAAGUUUGACGCCAAUAGCUAAGCCGUGCGGGAAGGAAUAUGAUUAAGUCGUAAUUGAAGUCGUCUUUGCUGCUGCCAAAAAAAAAAAAAAAAAAAAGUCUGCUGUAAAAAAUGAACCUUGAAAUCCUUGGGGAGAAUUUUCCUGUAAUGGAGAAAUAAUAAUCAUUCCUCGCUUUUCUUUC